AUUUCCAUUCAGUUAAGUCGCGAAAGCCGUCGAGUACACUACGCUGGUGUUUUCGCUUCAACGGCCAUCGAGCUCUUUGGGGUGUUUAAGGUGGGAUUAAUUGGAGCGAUUUCGGCGAUUGUAUCCCUCGGUCUAAUGAUAAUAUCAUAGUAUUUUUUUUUAAAUUAGUUUUACCAAUUCUUAGCAUAUUCCGGUAUAUCGUGGUAACUACUGCUCUCAAUUUAGCUAACAACUUCCCAAAUUCGUGUUCAGUCCAAAAUAAAAUUACUUAGGAAACCCAUAAUUGCAUCGGCAACCGACAAGUGAAAAGCUUCAAGCCACCUUAAGACAACCCAAGGUGGUUUCUUCGACAGCAAUUUUCCUCGUCUCCACCGCGGUUUGGCUCGUGCAUCACGUUUCUAUACUUCUUCUAUUCGUUCGCGAUUCGUUUUGUGAAAGUAUCUAUUUGAUUUUAUAACCGACUUUACAAGUGCUCAUUAUCGGAUAAUAAUAGCUCGUUUGGAAUAAAAAAUCGUAAAAGCGAUAAGAAAAGUAGGUGUGCGGUACAAGCAUCAUAGCAGAUGAACAAGAGCAAAAUUCAAGUGUGCAUUUCUAUUAAAUAUUCAACAACAAAAAAGUAACAGAUUCGAUUGAAACAGAAUUGCAGUGAUCUAUUUUGUGCGGCAAUUUCACGGUUCGAAAAUAUCCAAAAACGAAAGACUUAAGCGAGUAACCUGAUAGUGUGGGUUUAUGUGCUUAAUUGUUAAUCUGCAUCUUUCAAGCAUUCUCAACAGCUUCAAGUUCGUUAUUCAGAGCAACAGGCACCCACUCGGAUUAACAAAAGUAUUUUUCAAAAAUCCACUACAGAUGCUUUUCGCGGAUUGAAACCAAGAACGGUGUUAAGAAGUUGCUUUGGGAAACAAAAAGUGAAUGUUUUAACAAAUCGUUCGCAAUAAAUUGGCAAAGAUACAAAUACACAUGUUCGCUGUCGAAUUGAAGAGUAUAAAUAAGUAACUGAGGUUGCAAUAUGAAGUGAAAUUAUUACUGCCGUUAUUGAUAAUGUUAGAAAGUUUUCUCUGAUGAAUACAUUAUUUUGUAGUACUAUCGAGAUUUAUGUGCGCGUUUAAUCUUCGGCAUUGACGGCGCCAGCAAUACUCUAUUACUUAACAAGUUUUGCUUGAAAGUGAACCAACAACAACAUCCGCGGCAAUUGUAGCAGCGAUAGCAGUGAAUAAAUCUUGGAAGCGGAUAAGAAGAGCAAGGUUUAUUAUCACUCAAGUGUUGAGGAGCAGCUCAGUCGUGAUUUCUUUUAUUACUACAAUUGCAGGCUCAUAAACCUGAUAUUUUUGAUUCAAUUUACAACGGCAUAAAACGAAACACAAGGAAUGGUGUCACGUCGGAAAAUUCUAUCCAGGUCUAGAGAUGAUCUAAACCUGGAUCAGACCUUUGCAACACAAGAAGAAGAAGAGGAUGUUUGGUAUCAAAAGGAUAAAUUAUUUAAGGAACACAUUCAAGAAGUAUUGGACAAAUGGACACAAAUCGAUGAUGAAAUCUGGGCCAAGGUUAUUGUUUUUGAAAGAAACAGAAGAGUCGCAAAAGCAUAUGCCAGAGCUCCAGUUCUCACCAUAAAUGGAUCUGAUGAUGGAUUUGACGGAAUGAGAAUUGGACUUUGCGGCUUUGACAAUCCAAUGCGCGAUCAAAAGACCGAAGAACUAAAACGACACAUUGGCCAGGGAGUUAAAAUCAAAAUGGACGAUGCCGGUAAUAUAUUAAUUAGACGCUAUGCAAAAAGUAAUGUUUACAUCAAGAGCACAGCAAAUAGUCCAAAUGAGGAGACAGCAAUUGGCGCUGAUAUUUUGAAAUUGCCCAACCAAGCAUUAGAAAAUGAGAAAAUAGUCAAGCUCUUUGAUAUGAAGAAAUUUCAAUCGAAUGUUAAUCGUGAAUUGAGACGUGCUUAUCCCGAUCGUCGGCGUCUAGAAACUCAAUGCCUUUCAGCGGUGGCUUUUGUUAAGUCAGAUAACGAUAUUCUAGAAUGUCCAGUUUGGGUACUUAUCAUCAACGUUGUCGCGAUGGAUAUGCUAAAAAGCAAAUUGCCACCAGUUCAGCGACCUGUUGUCGAUAUUAAGAAUCGCCCGCGGAUACCAAUUCCGGACGAGGAUCCAUAUAGUGUUGCAGGCAAUAGCGGCGGUAGUUCUGGUAGCUCUGGCUUCGGUGCUAAUGGCGUAACACCAACAUCAUCGGGACAUGUUGCUGCCACACGGGAACAACUAUUGCUGCAAACACAACAAUUGGCCGCUAGACGUAGCGAGAAACCACCGAAAUUGCCACCACGUGAUAAUAUUUAUGGACAUGAUAUUCCUAAGCCUGAUUACGAUGACAUUGAAGCCGAGAACCAACUAAAGACCUUCUCGAGGAGCAGUAAAUCGGACAAAGGAAAGGACAAUAAAAAAUACGAUGAUCCUUACUACUGUGGUCUUCGUGCACGUGUUCCGAAUUUCGUGAAAACAUCGAAACCCGGCAAAGAAAAGGAACCUCAAAACGGCACCCUCCUGUCGCAAAAGAAAACAUCUGUUGCCCAUAUGCAGUCGGCUCCACUUCAUGGUAUGCAUCCAAUCUACCAACAUCCACACAUUCUCGCCGCCCAUCACCAACACCAGCAACAUCUCCAACAACAACAGCAACAACAACAACAAUUGAUGUGGCACGCACGUAGUUACGAGAGUGGAAUAGAUUCUGAUGUAGUUGAAUCGCCAUACAAUCAUAUUUAUGGACGAUUGCCACUGCCUACGAGAGGCUACGUACCAGCACCCCGGACAAUGUACAUUGGCGAAUGGGAUUAAGAAUAGCACACACGCACCACAAAUAGAGAUCACGCACUUAUUGUACUUUCUUCCUUUUUUUCAACACCUUUAGGUAAAGAUAUUUCAAAACUUACUUAAGGUCCUGUUUGAAUGUUUGAAGAGAAAAUGUGGAAUAGAUUUGAAAAUGUUUAAUUUAAGGAUUCUAUUUUCUUUUUUUAUUUACUUCUAUCCUUUUUCCUGAAAUUUUGGUUUAUUUGAAAUAUAUUUUAGUUUGAUACUUAUUAUUUUUUUUUACUAUUUCAUAGGCAGUUUUGCAAUUAUUUUAGUAUCAAUUUAAUUACUUAAGCGUAUUUAAAUAUGAUCGUUUCAUGGAAACAAUGCUCGUUAUAAAUUCAAACUGGAAAAAGAUAACCACAAUGACAUUUAUUAUAAAGAUAUAAUUUUCUCAAUCUUUAUUCUAAAAACCAUGUAAAUUAAAAAAAAACACCGUUGUGGAUAACUCCCACAACUUUAAAUUAAUGAGUUUUGAUUCCAAUCUAUCGAAAAUUUAUACUAUUUAGGAAAAUAUAAUUAUACGUAUAUUUCUCUUAAAUUAAAACAAUUAAGUAGAUUUAUUUUAGAUAAUAUCUAGAGUAAAGUACUCACAACCGACGAAAAUGAUGAAAUGAACUGUAAUCUUUUCUCCAAUAAUAUGCUGCCAAUUGUUAGAUAUUAAGAGAUAAUUUGAAACAAAAAUUUCUAUAAUUUUUGAAACAAAAUCUCAUUAAUUAUUUGUCUUUUGUUUUAAUUGGAAUUUUUCUGUAAAUUUUUUCUUUUCCUUUCUUUUGUUUAUAUCUAAACUUAGUAGGAGAGAGUUGUAAUCAUAAAAUGGAUUUGAUUUAAUAAUUUUACAAACACUAAUGUGCAAAUGAACGUGUCACAAUUAUUAUGUAUUUUUAGUGAUCACACCGUAUAAUACUCCAUCAUGUUUUUUAUAUUUGUAUAUCACAAGCAUGAUUUUAAGAUGUUGUUUGAAGUUAAGUGAGAAUUGAAAUCUGAAAAAGUAUAUUUUUUGUAUCUUUUUACUAUUAUAUACGUCAAUAUGCUACUUAUAUUUGGAUUCUUAUGUGAAACAUUAUAUUAUUACUAUUUCUGCUUAUUAAAUAAAUAGUUUCCCUUUAAUUUGAAAA